UACUACUAUGCUCGAUCCACGCAGUACUAGGCGUUCAUACCAAGUCCACAUCUCAAAUCCAUCAUCACAAAUGAGCAUGCACAGUGACUUGCAUAAGUAAGGCUAUGUUUUUGAAACCUAUGAAUGAACUCAUAAGCUUCCUUCCAGGUCCCGAUGGACGCCAAUAUCACACCCAUCGACGUCCAGUGAUCGAGAUUCAAUGACUUCAACCCUUCACUCAUGUCUCAAGUUGCUUGACCAGCACUGUGACAGGCUUAACAAUACUUACAAGGAAAUUCUCGAGAUUCGAACCCACAUUGCAGAGAUUCUUGCCAACUCCCAGUCGGAAAUAGCCAUGGGGAAUGUGGGUACAUGUGACACAAGCGCCGACCUGAUCUUCAGUGAUGAGCCUUCGACCAUCGCAUCAGUUGCACUCAACGAGUUUGAUGCUAAUCCAUUCUUGUCGACUUCGCCAAACCUAUCCAUCCUAUCACAGCAGUUAGUGUUCCAACACUCGCAAGACAAACCAUCAACACAGUACGCAUCUCUUUCACAACCAUCUGUCAGGGCAAUUAGUACCCCGCCAGAGGGAACAGAUCCUGCCGUCCACCGAUUUUCUCAAGGUAAGUUUGCUGAACUUGCAGCCUUUCAGAUAUGCUUACUGCACGAUAUAAUAGAGCUUCCCGGCGCCUCCGGUUCCGUCAGCCAUGAGCUUAGUACACAGCCAUUCCAGAAAUCCUUACCUGAAGAUGACACGCGUUCUGAGGGGCAGACCUUAUCUGGCCCAUCAGUCAGACUCCAUCAACAACUGUAUCUCCCCGUUGUGCGGGAUGGCGAGGAUAAGGUGAAGUGCAUGUGGUCGGGAUGUUCAAGUGUUAUCAACAAAGAUGGCUACACUCGCCAUGUGAAUGAAGUUCACAAGCGUCGGUUUAAGGCUGUCUGCACUACCUGUGGAAAGGCGUUCCUGCGUCCAUACAUGAAGAAGACCCAUAUUUGUUCUGGUCGAUCUUCCAAACGUAGCAGGUCCUAGGACCAAGGAAGCUCCGCAAAAGGCGCCUAUAUCUAUGUUUAUCUAUCAUUCGAAUUUCACCUAUAAUCCCCAACACCGUCAUUCCCCCGCUUCAUUUUUAAAAGCAAUUUAAUCCUUACC